CCAACCCAAAACCCUUUUGUGCAGUCUUCUUGCCCUAGCCAAAAAAACCAGACCCUGAGAGAGAGAGAUGGGAAGGUCACGAAGAAAAUACAAGAAAUCAAGGCCAAAGGUGCAAGUGGGACUGCCCAAGAAGAACCCUCACGUCUUCAAGCCGGCCUUCACUCUCCCUCCCAAGCUCCGAGCCCUGCUCGACCUAGAUCCGCCCAAGUGGGACGACAAGGCCAGCGUCAUCCAAAACUACAAGUCCUUCGGCGUCGUUUCCAACCCCAACUUGCUCGGCGUGCGGUCCCGCACCUCUCACAUCAUCGAGAGCGACUCUCUCCAGGUCCCUCCGCCGUCCCGUAAAAAACCUGAAGCCGAAGCCGAAGCCGAAGCCGAAUCUGCCGAGCUCGAGCCGCUCGAUUCCGGUAGCGAUCUCGAAGAGGACGAUUUGAAAUCGGCUCUGGGAAAGCAGCGAAGAGAUGGAAAAUCUGCACCUCCACAACCAUUGACUGCAAUCCAGCGCCUUCAUAUCAGUCGGCUGAUAGAUAAAUAUGGAGAUGAUUGCAAGAGGAUGUUCAUGGAUACAAAGCUAAAUGCCAUGCAGCAUUCAGUUGCAACUCUGGAGAAACUUUGCAAAAGGUAUCACAUGCAUAGAGAUAAGAACCCCUUAAUAGUUUCCAGUUGAGAACGACUUUUUGUUUUGAUCGGCGAUGUCUAUGGGAUCCCUUGGAACUACAGAAUUUUAUUUGGCUGUUUCAAUUUUGUUGUAUGAUGAUUCAUAUAUAUUUACUAGUGAUGAAGAAAGGCAACUUAGCUUAAUGUUAAAUGAUUAUUGAUCUA